AUGGCGUCCGUAUUCCGUUUCAUCUCGAACUGUAGACAAAAGGUCAAGGGGCUACCGAUCGAAACACUGAAAGCGACGGACCGACAGGCGAAGGUUCGGUGUACGAAAAAUGUGGCUUGUGUCCGCGUGCCGUUACAGCAAGUCGAGUAUGAGAAGGCAGAGAAAUGUCUGUUUAAAAUGGCGCAGGCGGAGAGUUUCGUUGAUGAACUAAAGGUGCUGAAACGAAAUAAAGAUCGUCCAGUAAACCAAUGGUUAGCAGUUGAAAAAUCUAGUCCAUUGAGCAAGCUGACACCGUUGAUCGACGAAGCAGGCAUGAUUCGCAUGGAAGGCCGUUGCGAGCGAGCAGAUGAACUACCAUUUGAUCUGCGAUUUCCUAUAAUUCUUCCGGAUAACAACAGAAUUACCUACAUGAUCGUCCAAAACCUGCACGAAGAAUCUGGACAUGGAUACAGACUCAUGGUUAAAAACAAACUGAAGCAGCUGUUUUAUGUGGUUCACGUGGACGCAGUCGUGAAGAAAGUAUCGUCGGCUUGUAUAUGGUGUAAGGUUCAUCGCAAUCGGCCUCGUGUUUCGCGAGAAGCUCCGUUGCCGCUGCAACGACUUACCCCACAUCUUCGCCCUUUCAGCUUUGUGGGAGUUGACUACAUGGGACCCUUUGAAGUGGCUGUUGGACGCCGGAAUGAAAAACGUUGGAUCGCAUUGUUCACCUGUUUAGUAACUCGAGCGGUGCAUUUAGAGGUGGCGCACGGGCUAACAACACAGUCCUGUUUGAUGGCGAUAAGUCGCUUCAUCGGGCGACGAGAUUGGCCGAUUGAGUUCCUCUCGGAUAACGGGACCAAUUUCCAAGGGGCUAGCAAAGAGUUGUUGGCACAGCUCAAAGGAAUUGAGUUUGAUUGCGCUGAACAAUACACAAACGCGAGAACGAGGUGGACAUUCAACCCACCCGCGGCACCCCAUAUGGGUGGCGUAUGGGAGCGUCUGGUACGAUCGGUGAAAGAGAUAUUGAGAGCAAUUAACGAGGGAAGACGGCUUACGGACGAGAUUCUUCAGACGUCCAUCGUAGAAGCAGAGGACAUAAUAAAUUCACGUCCGCUAACAUACGUGUCACAAGACUCAGAAGAAGUGGAUGCGUUGACCCCAAACCAUUUUUUGCGAGGUCCUCCAUCUAAGCAACGAAACGUAACGAGUCCACCACCGCAUCCGGCUGAAGCACUUCGUGAUACGUACAAACGAACGCAGCAGUUAGCUAGUGAGUUGUGGCAGCGCUGGAUCAGGGAAUAUGUUCCAUCAAUAAACCAACGAACCAGGUGGUUUGGCGAAACGAAACCGUUGAAAGCAGGCGAUUUGGUGUACAUCGUCGAAGGCAACAAUCGGAAAUGCUGGGUCCGCGGCAUAGUGGAGGAACCUAUAGUGUCGAGCGAUGGUCGUAUACGACAAGCAUGGGUCCGUACCAGGACCAAGCGGUACAGACGAGCGGCAGCAAACUUGGCCGUGUUGGAAUUAGACGAUGGUAACUCUGAACCGAAUGGUACCUUCGGAUCAGGGUUACGGGUCGGGGAAUAUGUUGGGAACACUGCCAUGCCGCUGCAAUAA